UGGAUGCAUUUUGAGCAAUCUGCCAUCCUUACCGUGCACAAUCAUGUAAUAACGCGUAAUCCGCGUAUUAGUGUAACGCACGAUAAGCACGAUCGACAUCGGACCUGGUAUUUGCACAUCAGCAAUGUACACGAGGAGGACAAAGGACGCUAUAUGUGUCAAAUAAACACUGUGACGGCGAAGACACAAUUCGGAUAUUUAAAUGUCGUUGUGCCUCCAAAUAUUGAUGAUUCCCUUAGUUCAAGUGAUGUCAUCGUACGUGAGGGAUCGAAUAUAUCAUUACGGUGCCGAGCAACGGGCAGUCCGCGUCCGAUCAUCAAAUGGAAACGCGACGACAAUUCUAGAAUUACUAUCAGCAAAAACCAUAUAGUGAACGAGUGGGAAGGCGACACUCUGGAAGUUACGCGUAUAUCACGUUUGGACAUGGGCGCUUACUUGUGCAUUGCAUCAAACGGCGUGCCGCCAACGGUCUCCAAGCGAAUUAAAGUCAGCGUUGAUUUUCCCCCAAUGCUUUUAAUACCACAUCAAUUGGUAGGCGCUCCAGAAGGGUUUAAUGUAACUAUUGAGUGCUUUACAGAAGCUCAUCCCACGUCACUAAAUUAUUGGACACGUGGAGAGGGACCAAUCAUACAUGACUCUACUAAAUACAAGGUUGAAUCCAGCAUUGGAGCACCAGGUUAUAAGACGCAUAUGAAGCUUACAAUCAUUAACGUGACCAGUGGGGACGAUGGUAUCUACAAGUGCGUUGCCAAAAAUCCAAGAGGUGAAACAGAUGGCAUUAUAAGACUUUACGUUUCGUACCCUCCUUCUACACCGCCUAGUAAUAUUGUCACUACCGAAACUCGUUGGGAUGUGCAAUAUGGAUAUGGGAGUGACGUUUCCCAUUCAGUAUAUUCUCUGGACAAAAAUACUCGCUAUCAAUCUAAUCUUAAUGAUAUCGGUUUAUCUGAACAAAAAUCCUUCGUAGAUAAAACCACUGGUGCGAGUGGCUAUGGCAGCAGAGGAACAACUGGAAGUACAAACGGUUUACCUGUGCACGAGUUCGAGCUUACCAGCCGGGCAGGGAAUCUGAGGUCUUCAAUUACAAUCCUGCUGUUGAUAUCAGUGCUUUAUGUUGCAACGCUACACUCUUAGUUUUAAUUUUAUAUAAUUAAUGUAUAAGAAGUAAAAAAUAUUCAUAUUGAAUUAGGCUAGUGCGAACGCUUGCUACUCAUCCCAUGAAUUUCUCACAGCGGCAUCCGCUACCAAUGUAUGACAGACAUGGCAUCGUAUCCAAGCAAAUACAGUAUGUGCACAUUAUCAUAAAUUUAAGAGAAAUUUAGAUUCAUAAAAUACGUGUUGAGUUAACAUAUCUGGUUUUACCACUUAGAUGUAUCGAUACAUAUUAUGUAUAUCCAUAGAAGUGCUGCUUCAGUGUAGAUAAGUUCUUUUAAGCAAAAUCGUUGAAUGCGCCCUCUAAACUACAUAUCAACUAUAAAACUGUCGUAACAAGACCGCUCAAAAUUAAAAGAAUAAUCUUCUGUCUCCUCACAAAUCACUAUUCUAAAUGUAGAAAGCAGUUAUUUUGAAUCUGAUACGUCUAUAAACUUUUUCUUUUAUUUAAAAUGUAUAUAAAUAUUCUUUACAUUACAUCUUCCACGCAAACAAUAUUUCUCUCAGGUGGUCAAAUAUUCUCUGAAUCAAUGGUCGACAUAUCAUGGCACUUAUGGCUGAUUGCUUUUGUAUAUUGUAUACAGCAAAUAUGUUUAUGUUCAAACAAACGGGAUUUCGAUAUCCUGAAAACGCCGAUUAAUUUUUUAGUAAACUAUACACCAAUAUAAGUUGCUUCCGGAUAUAUCGAAGGUUAAAGUUAAAAUCUUUUUACAUUCAUUGUACAUAAAAAACUACAAACCCCAUUUAGCUUCAACUAGGUACAUCUUGAAAUAGAUUAGACAAACCAUGGGUAACAACGAUUACAUACGUCAGAUGGCCCGUUUACUUACUAUUGGUGGUUAAAUGCAAAAUUUCAAACUAAGUUUCUAUAUCUCGAAAACUUAGCUAUAUGAACAGUUAGUGUGGUGAAAAAUGUUGCCUGAGGUCAACUAUUGCUUAGUCUGACGUAGUGACCAACAAUAAUCUAGUCAAGGUGUAGAUAGGGGUUUUAAAGAAUCGUUCCGGUAUCCCGGGAAUGUCCGGGAUACCGGAAUCGUGCCGUUUAAAACUUUUUAAUAUUUUUGGAGGGAAGAGAAUUCAUAUAUUUCGCGAAUAAUUAUGGUUUUCAGCACAUUUUCAUGGUUUGUAUUUAAUUGUUGUAAUA